AUGUACGAACUAGGCGUUUUACAGGAUGGCAAAUUUACUCUUCAAGUUGAAAACAGAGUUGAGAGCGGAAGGUCUAUAUUUACAUUAGAGAGUGGUCGUAACUUCAUCAAUAUUUCAUCGGGAGCCAAUAACCUGUGCCGAUGUACUCCCCCCCCUCCCUCGCCCUCCCAGGUCCCCCUCUGUCUCCCAACAUCUCACCCGACCUCCCCUUCCCACCAGUCGGAUGAGGAGUUUUGA